AUGUCCCAGCCUCGUGUGAGUCCUGGAAAGCAGCCCAUGCUCCCUGGCAGUUUAGCUCACACUGAGGAGUUUCACUCCAGUGAUACCCUUCUUCGAAUCCUUCCUCAGCACACCCAGACCCAACAGCCUUCUCUGCACUUCAAGAAGCCUCUUCUUAGCCUCCAGCACAGCACUGACCACAUCAUACGUCGCCGGCUCGGUAGACCCCUCUUCUACUCCUCCCCACCCCCGGCCCAGUCCCAGCUCACCGCACUUCCCAACCCCCGGACGCCCUGGGCCGACCUCCAUGACCUUCCCACAGCCUCCUCCCUACUGCCCCAAACCCCCGGGGGAAUCAGCGUCACCGUAGGGGGCAAGCAGUACCUCCUGGGACUCUAUGACACGGCGGGACAGGAAGACUAUGAUCGUCUGAGGCCUUUAUCUUAUCCAAUGACCGAUGUCUUCCUUAUAUGCUUCUCUGUGGUAAAUCCAGCCUCGUUUCAAAAUGUGAAAGAGGAGUGGGUACCCGAACUUAAGGAAUACGCACCAAACGUACCCUUUUUAUUAAUAGGAACUCAGAUUGAUCUCCGAGAUGACCCCAAAACUUUAGCAAGACUGAAUGAUAUGAAAGAAAAGCCCAUUUGUGUGGAACAAGGACAGAAACUAGCAAAAGAGAUAGGAGCAUGCUGUUAUGUGGAAUGUUCGGCUUUAACCCAGAAGGGACUGAAGACUGUUUUUGAUGAGGCUAUCAUAGCCAUUUUAACUCCAAAGAAACACACGGUAAAAAAAAGAAUAGGAUCAAGAUGUAUAAACUGUUGUUUGAUUACGUGA